AUGCUAUGUGUUCGGGCUGUUGGGAUCCACGAGGCAUCACUUGGCUCAAUUUAUUCGCUUCGGUCGACAAGAUCCAGACCCUGGCAGACGUUUUGCCCCGCUCGACUACCGAAUAGCAUUCGCUCACUCUCACAUCACCCUUAUUUCAAGUCUCCUUUUGCAAUGAAUCCACAGGCGGUCGAGGCCCCUUUGACCCAAUCGGCCACUUUCCUUGUUCUCUCCGCGACAGAUGAUCCGCAUGCCAUCGAGAACAUCCGAUCUGCGCUGUCCAACAUUGGCAACAUUACCAAGAACAUUUCAAUUCGACACCCCAGUGCGCAUCUGUCAUGUACUGUCGGUAUCGGCAGCUCUAUCUGGGACCAAGUAACAAGACUCCCACGUCCGACCGAGUUACGGCCUUUCAAGGAAGUUAGAGGGUCGAAACACGUAGCAGUGUCGACGCCAGGAGACUUGCUGUUCCAUAUCCGAUCCGAAAGGAGAGACCUUUCUUUCGAGUUUGAAAGGCAACUCAUGGAUAGGGUAGGCGACGCCGUCAAGACGGAAGAUGAAACUGUCGGCUUUAGAUAUUUUGACGCCCGAGAUGUGCUGGGAUUUGUCGACGGCACUGCCAACCCAGUCGGCGUCGCCGUGUCUGACUCGGUUCUUGUUACUGAAAAAGAUGACCGCGUGGCGACCGCAGAAGGAGGCAGCUAUAUUGUUGUGCAAAAGUACCUCCACAAUCUCAAGUCCUGGCAACAUCUUACGACGGAGAAACAAGAAGCCAUUAUUGGACGGACCAAGCUAGACAACAUUGAGCUCGAUGAUGCCGAGCCAAAACAACAGCAAUCUCACAAAAGUCUAGCGACGAUAGAAGAUGAAGAUGGAAACGAGCAUGACAUCCUACGCGAUAACAUGCCUUUUGGCUCGCCUGCCACCGGAGAGUUUGGUACCUACUUCAUAGGGUACUCAAAGAAACUGUGGGUGAUUGAGAAGAUGAUGGAGCGCAUGUUUAUUGGGAGCCCUCCAGGGUUACAUGAUCGGAUAUUGGACUUUUCAAAACCGGUGACCGGAACGACUUUCUUUGCACCCUCGGCGAAGUUGCUAGCAGGUCUUACAGACGACUGA